UAGUACAUGUGAUUUGACAGUUUUCCACGUUUCCACCUUUACAAAACCCGUUUUAUAUUGUAGACCCAUAGUCUUCUCAGAACUGGUAGAGGCUAGGUCAAUUUAAUCUUCGAAUUUUUGUCGUUUUUUUUACGACUGCAUACACUACUUGCCAACUUCAUAUAUACCAAACACAACUGGAUAGCAAUUAAACGUACAAAUUUUAAGAAGAGGUUAAGAAACUCUUCGUUACACGCUUAUCACAUAUGUAAUUAUUUUCUUGAAGCAAUUUUUUUACCUACGAUUAAAUUCAUUCUUACGUUCGAGAUCAUGGCAGAUUUAGACAGUUUUUUUGCUAAGAAAGAUCGUAAGAAACCCAAGGGCAAAAAAUUCACCACCUCUGAACAUCUUGUGGCUAGUUUAUUAGAUGAACCACAAAAGAAGCAGGAAAAAUCUAAAAAAGAACGAUCUAAUCUAACACAACUUCACAACUCUGGAGAUAAGGAUAACAAUGCAUCUCAAGAGUUGGAAGAAGAAUGGAAAGAAUAUCAAGAAGAAAUAAAAGAUUAUACAACAUUGAAAAUACAAAAUUUAACAACAGAUGGAUCUACCAAUUGUUCUGAUAGUAAUGAUAAGGAUGAUACUGUUGAAUUUGAAGAAAAUGAAGCUGGUGAAAUGGUGCCAAAACGAAAACAAGCAGGACCUUGGAAAGUUGCUGAAGCUGAAAUAGUAGUUAUGCCAAAAGAUGAUCCUAUCACAGUAGAAAAACCAGAAGAACCUAAAAAGAAUGUAUAUGUUAUUCCUAAUCAACGAAGCAAUUUUCAAGGACCAAGAAGUGUACCUAAAAGUAGAACUAGUUUAGAUGUUAAGGAUGAAGAAAUGUUUCCAACAUUACAAGGCAAUACUACUAAAAAAGUAGCUCCUGUUAAAAAAGCUGAAACACCUGCUUGGUCAAAGUAUUCAUGAAAUAAAAUAUUUGUUUAAUAACAAUGUUAAAAAUAUAUUUGUUUAAACCAUUAAAUAGUAAAUUAUCUCUAA